CAACUAUGUAUUGUAUUAUUAGCAAGCGUACUUGAUUGAUUUGCCAGUACGUAAUCAGGAUUUGCUUCCUUCGCCCCGUGCACAAUGGUUUCGGUGACAAUAUCUGCUGUAGCCAACAGGCCUCCUCCGUUCGCUCGCAAAGGACUUCCCUUGACCGUCGAUGUCUCUUCCGACGCCACUGUGGGCGAUGUUAAGGCCAAGGUUGCUCAAAAAAUCCCCAAGUUCUACGCGUCGAGGCAGAAGAUAACCCUAAAGAACGAGAAAAAGGCUCUCGUGGAUGAGGUAAAGCUAUCGGAAGUUGGCUUGGGGAACGGAGGCAACCUGGAGGUGAAGGACUUGGGGCCUCAACUCAGCUGGAAGCUCGUAUUUAUCAUUGAAUAUCUUGGUCCUAUGCUCAUUCAUCCUCUUUUCUAUUACUUCCCCCAACUGUUCUACGGGAAAGCGGUCGUACACAGUGAACUGCAAAAAUAUAUCUUCACCUUUGUCAUGCUACACUACGCAAAACGCGAGCUGGAGACCUUGUUUGUUCACCGGUUCUCCCACGGCACUAUGCCAGCCAGAAAUAUAUUCAAAAACUCAUUCCACUACCAUGUUCUCGGUGGCCUAUUCAUCGCCGUUGACGUGUAUCGGGGUAAAUACUCAGCAGACUCUACAUUCAUCAAAGGAAGCGUCAUGGAAGAUGAACGUUUCCUAUGGGCAUGCACUGGAUUGUGGACCUUCUUCGAACUAUCCAACCUGUCAACGCACUUGACUCUUUGCAAUUUACGACCCGCAGGAACCAAGAAGCGGGGAAUUCCGAAGGGCUACGGGUUUAGAUUGGUGUCGUGCCCCAAUUACAUGUUCGAAGUUUUAGGUUGGAUCGUUGUUUGCGUUAUGUCGAGGAGCUUGGCGGCAUGCUUUUUCACUGUAGCGGGUGCUGGCCAAAUGGCAAUCUGGGCAAUGGCUAAGCACAGAAACUACAAGAAGGAAUUUGGGAAGGAAUAUCCGAGAGGAAGGAAAGCGAUGUUCCCGUUCAUUUUGUAGUCUUCGGACUACAUACCUGUUGCUUCUUUUAAUUAUAUGGAGUGUGCUCUGGUUCUAACAAUGAAAGCCGUCCGAUACCAACAUAUUCGCGUCGUGUUCAAUGUAUUCAGUUCCAGACACUUCUCUUCUGAUGUUCAAACAUCGACGGACACUGGUAGUUACGUCGUGUCCCAUGAAUCUGA